AUGGCCUAUUCGAGAAAAGAAUGGAGCGAUUGUGUCGGAUUUCUGAGAAGAUCGGUUGAGGAUUUCAACUACUACAAUGAUGAGAUCAUGUGGUGUCGAGAAAUGUGCGAGAAGAAAUUCCCGUCAAAUACAAAUGCGAUUGGGAUGGCGUUCACGCAUCUGACCGCACAACGAGCACUUUGUUUAUUCAGAUGUAAACGCGAUCGUCUUACAGAAGAGCGCCCGAGAGAGCCAUAUCGAUAUUUAUCGAUAUGUUAUUGGAAUCUGAAAGACCUCAAAAAUGCCGUGAAAGCCGCGUACACGUAUUUAGUGAGAAAUCCGGAACAUCAAGAAACCAUUGAAAAUUUACAGUUUUACAUGAAACAAGAGGGAUUUGAAGAAGAGAUGCUCGAUGAUUUCCAGAGAAAAGAAUAUGAGAGCCUAUACAUGAGCGGGGUGUCAGCCUAUCAUCAAAACGAUUGGUGGAGUUGCAUUGAUCGAUUGGAGAGAUCAUUCGAAAAGGUAUUGCGAGAAGAGGAAUUGUGUCGAAUGGAUUGUAAAGAUAAAAUUGAUUGGAGUUCGGUCGAGGGGACACUCGAAAUCGAUAUUAUUCAAACAAGCAUGAAAGCAUCGGUUCUCCGUUGUGAAAGUCAAUGUUUCGAGAGAUUAUCCUGGGUUAACGGACACAAAGUUCGGAAUAUCAUCGCUUCACAUUUCGAGUACAUUCACAUUUGUCAAUACAAUUUGAUGCGUGGAACGGAUGCGUGUACUUCUAAGAUUCUCGCAUUGUACAAGAGAUCGGUUUUGGAGAAACGGCUACUCGAAUACAUUGAUAAAGAGUUUCGAGUAUCGAAGGCGAGUCAGUUGGCUCCGGAAAGUUCGAAAGAUCGAGAGAAAUGGAGUGAAGAGAUCGACUCGACAGACUAUUUCCCUUAUGAUAAAGUCGAGAGGUUGUUGACCGAUGGAGAGUGUAAAGUCCUUCGUGCCCCAAUUCGAACGAAAAUCACGGAUCUUCUAUUAGACGAACUAUCGACCCGUCAGAAAUUAACUGAAUGUACUCUUUGUGAGGACCUACUAAUUGGAAAGCCACAAUCCAUCACGGCUUUGCCGGCC